AUGAGCCGCCGCGUCGUGACGUCACCACGCACCGCCUGGCGCGAGGCCAGUUGCUCCCUCACUGUCAGUCGGCGCGUUUGUUUUUAAUUGAUAUUGAGCGCAAAUAUAAAUGAGAAUUGUGAAACACAGAACGGAGUUAGUGGUCAAGGUAAUCGCCCGCGUUUCGCCAAGGGCACAAUACUCGCGCGAGUCGGUCGCUCUGUAAAAGCGCCUUGCUGGGAGUGUAUUUGCCUCUUGUCUUCGUGUGGCGUUGCAACAGAGGUGUGCGGGCGGUGCGGCGACGCGCGAUGGAGGCCGUGCGCAAGGAAGGAACUCCACGGUCCACGCUGCCCAAGGCCACAGCUCCUACCAGCUCUGCUUCUGAGCAAGAUUCUGGAUUCUCUGACACGAGCUCGGAGCAUCACAGCCUGGUGGAGGGCAGAGAUGGAGGAGGCGUCCGCCGGCAAGGCUUGGGCAGCGGCGACGGGGCUUGUGGUGGCGUGGGAGCCAAACCCCAGGCGGUCGCGCAGUCCACCAGCACCUUCGCUCAACCUGGCCUGCACUCCUUCUACAUCCUCAAGAACGUCUUCAUCAACCAGCCCUUGUGCAUGACCUCUGACCCCCAAGUGAUGCACGCACAGCUGAAAGCCUGGAGUGGCGAUCACUCUCAGAUCCUUCUGGUCCCAGGGCCGCCGCUGGCCACACCUCAUGAGCAGCAGCCGCUGCCACCCUCGCCCUCCUCCCAACCGAAGCCAUGCGCCUACCAGCCGCAGGCCAAGACGAGCGGCUACCUGCCCAUCUUCAACUCGUACCAGCGCAUUGCGCCGAGACCCGGCAAGGCGGAGGGCGCCGCUCCCGAGUCAGUAGUGCCACCGUCUCCGCUAUCGCCGCUGCUACCGUCGGGGUCGCCUCCUCCUCCUCCUCCUCAGAGUCGUGUGGACGGGGGGCCGUGGAGCGGCAAGCGCCCGCAGUUCGCGAACGGUGAGGGAGCCCGAGCUUUUGUCGCGUCAGUAGCUGGUGCUGCAAGCCCGAUGCCACCGCAGCAGCAGCAGCAGCGGAGCAAAAAAAAAGGAAGCGUUGUGACGAUGCGUGAUACGCAGCUCACGCCUCGGAGUAAGCACCAGCAUGCAGCGCAGCAGGAGCAGCAUCAGAGGCAUCGGCAGAAGCACAGCCGCAGCCGCCAUCGCCACAGGCACAUGAAGAAGGUGUCACACAGGGACCGCACGCCGCUGAGUCAGCAGUUUACCACACUUGUAUCGCUCCUCAAUUCAGCGGGGCCAUCCAUCCCGAUUGCUCCACUUGCAGAGCCUCAGGGGGCAGCGCUUGGCACGGCCGGAGCUGCGGGAGUUGCGGGAGCGCCAGAGGAGGUGGCGGUGGCGGUGGCGGCAACGGCGGUGUCGGCAGCGACGCCCCCGCCCAGUGCGGCGUUUCCUCCCCGCUCACCCGCGGUGUCGCCCCCGUGCUCGCCGGCCCCGUGCAAGCUAGUGGCGGACGCCCCGCUGCUUCCAGCAGCGAUGGUUCCACUCAUCGCACCCUGUGUGCCGGUUCCGGUGCUCUGCGAGGAUGAGCUUCAGACGAUGGACUUCCUCGAUGAGGUGCUGCCCCUCGGGCCUGAGGGCAUGGGGGCAGCAGCAGCAGCAGGCGGCCACGCGCACGGAGGGGAGGAGCAGAGUCGAGGGAGGAACGGAUCGGGGGAUGCCGACCAGGGCGGCGGCGGCGGCAGCAGCGACGGCUUCUCCGCCGGAGGCCACGAGCAGCGCUUCCACAACACGGUGUCCAUUCUGAGCCGCUCGGGGCUCCUCGACAUCACGAUGCGCACCAAGGACCUGCUGCAGCGCAACGGGCAGGCGCAGCGCGAGCUCGAGCACCUGCGUCAGCUGGCGCGCCUCUUCUGCAGGGCGGCCCGCUCGCCCGAGCCCUCCGCCUGGGACAGCCUGCAGGAGGCGAUGGGCGCGCUCGGCGGCAGCGCCGAACCGGCCGCCGCCUCCGCCUCGUCGUCGUUGUCUUCAUCUUCCUCGUCGUCGUUGUCGUCCAUCGCGGAGAUCGGAGGGCCCGGCUCGCAGGACACUGGACUUGUGGGAUGUGAUGACGGCGGUGGCGGCGGUGGUAAUGUUGGAGAGGCCUGCUUGCCGUGGGCUGCAUUGACGGAUGCGUCGUGCCAAGGCAGCAUCGGUGUUGUCACUUCCUGGGCAGCGUGAUCGCCUUCUGUCUCGCUCGCACCGGCUGAUGUGGGGUUGGCAGACAAUGCACAGCACUUGUACGGCUCUCGAAAAAAAUGUCCCGUCCCGUUUGACAUUGAUAAGAGGAAUUUGGGUAGGACGGGAGGCAUGUUUCUGCAAUGACUGUGAAAAGAGCACUAUUGUACAAGCACAAGCAACCUGAUUAAAAUGUAGCCCAGGAGUUUAGUUGAAGGCAGAGGGGACCCGGUCAUGUAACGUACAACAAGGUAGGUGCUCACGGAUGUGCUGAUUGACGGGAUUCAGCUGAUUGAACAAGGUGCGAGGUGCACAUUUAAGACGUGCAAUACAUUGUCUUAAAUUAACAUUCUCUUAAUGUGUCUGUGUGAUGUUAGAUUUGUUGUGAAGGGUGUAUUUGUCCUCGAGUUUUAUGUUUGUCUUUCUGAGCCAGAUUUUGGGCCGUACUUGAAAGAGAGCCUCUUUGUUGUUAUUAUUAUUACACGUUAUUUAUUCCCCCCUCGAAGCCCCUCGUCUUUGUAUUAUUUUUUAUUUGGUCACUGGCGCAUUCGAACAAAAGAUGAAUAGCCGUCAAGGGAGCGUGGUAGAGCUCACGUGUGGAAUCGCUCGAAGAAGCCGGAAAAGAAACGCAUGGUUUGGAGAACAAACAAGAGCCUGGGACGUUGCUCCUCCUCCGGCUUUGAGAAAAGUGCUUUGAGCAGCAGCACUCAUCCACUGGAAGAGAUGGCAAAUAAUGAAUAGAACUAGUGACAAAGCACUGAACCAAGGGGGCAGAUGGAGCAAGAUGUGGAUGCGGAACGAUUGUUGAUUCAAAGCUGUAAAGUUGAUUUAUCACAGUGAAAAACUGAGAAAAUUACUAACGAGUUAAAAUAACAAAGAUGAAAUUAGUAAAACAAUUCCACGUGGAGGCAUGCACCGUUGUUUUACAAUGCUCCAUGUGCUGAGAUAUGUGCAAUGGCGAAACGAUGUUAAUCUUGCAAAUCAGAUGUUAAUCACGUAACCCUAUUAACGGACAUUGCCGAAGUUAUUUUAAAUGCUCACUCGCACGCACAAACACAAAAAUAACUAACACGUUAACAUGGCCUCAUUGGUUUUUUCACUUUUAAGUCCUACCUUUUGCCUAAUGUCAACAUCUCCCUGCUAUUUAACACAUUUACAGCACUUUGUUCUGUGACAUUGACACGUUUGAUCAUGGGUUUGCCAUUCAAAUGAACCACGAUUGCACUCACAUGCCGAUACCUUCCUUGUAAAUGUGCUUUCUCGGGCAAAGCCGUUUUGUCUCCCCGACACGUGGUGGGCGUGUGACGGUGAGCUGCGAGGAGACGCUCGAGAGUGGCCGCCUGCCGUCGCAAGUAAAAGCGCAAUCGAGUAUCAGUAUCCUGCACGUACGUUGCUUGUAUGUGACGCCAGAAAAGUAUUAUGAAAAAUGUCCAGAGAGACGAUAUAUUGAUGCUACAUGAACCCAAAUGAUAUCGUAACAAAAUGUCGAAGUUGACUUACCUUCGCAGAGAUUGUGUAUUUAUGUGUACGUCUGUCGUGUGUAUUGCUUCGGCUGGAUGUAUUCCCCGUUUCCAAGUUUACUCCGGUCAAAUACAUCUUCCCGUGUUAAGUUUGUGUCGAACAUAAAAGUUGAAUGUCGUAUUAAAG